GCCUGUCCACUUGGUCAGUCUGUCCCCGACCCCCUCAUCCCCUAUUCCCCAUCCCCCUCCUCCGCUUUUCUUUUCCCCUCUUACAAUACACACUGCCCCCACAUACAUCUGCCCACCACCAUUUCUUCCACUAUGGCCGCCGCACCCAAAGGCGUCCUGCUGAAGGCAGACCCCAUUGCCGCCACCUUCCGCGAAGAAGUCAAGACUGCGCUCGCCCAGCGCCCCCGCCCACCCAAGCUCGUCGGCAUCCUUGCCACUGCAGCCGCGCCCAGCCGCUUCUACGCGGACUUCACGCGCAAGCAGUGCGAGGAUCUCGGCUUCCAGUUCGAGCUCCGUACGACGGGGGCGGCGAAGGACGCGGCGCUGGCGGAGGGCGAGGGCGUGGAGGAGGCGAUCAUUGAGGCGAAUGAGGAUGAGGGGGUGGAUGGAAUUAUGGUCUACUUCCCCAUAUUUGGAUCGCAGCAGGACCAUUACCUGCAGCAGGUGGUCUCGCCGCUGAAGGACGUGGAGGGCCUGCACUUCAAGUUCCACUACAACUUGUACCACAACAUCCGUUUCAUCGAGCCCCGCUCGCUCACCUCGUCCACGAUGACCGUGUCCACCGAGAGCGCGCCGGACCACUCCAAGACGGAGACCCCGCCGCCCGGCACGUUCAAGUCGAUCAUCCCCUGCACGCCUCUGGCGGUCGUGAAGACCCUCGAGCACGCAGGCGUGUAUAACAAGCUGCUCCCGUAUGGCGACCGCGCGUACGGGAAGACUAUCGUGGUUAUCAACCGGUCUGAAGUGGUGGGACGCCCGCUGGCGGCGCUGCUGGCGAAUGACGGCGCGCGUGUGUUCUCGGUGGAUAUUGAUUCCAUUCAGGAGUACACCAAGCGCCCGAGGGAUACAGAAGACGCAGCGCGCCGGUACCACCCUCGCCACGUCGUCCACCCGUGCAGCAUGGAGCUGAAGGACUGCCUUGCGAUCGCUGACGUUGUCGUCUCUGCCGUCCCCAGCCCAUCGUACAAGGUCAAGACCGCAUGGCUCAAGGACGGCUGCGUCUGCGUCAAUGUGGCCGCAGACAAGAACUUCGAGGCCGAUGUGCGGGAAAAGGCAUCACUGUACGUACCUGCAGUUGGCAAAGUGACCAUCCUUAUGCUUUUGCGCAACCUGCUACGGCUGCAGCAGUACCAAGACGCAAUCAAGGAGGAGUCGAAGGCUUCGUAGCACCCAUAGAGCGAGCCUGGGACAGAGAUG